AUGUCAGUUAUAAGUACUUUUGAUUGGAUACUUUCUAUAUUAUGGAUUACUUAUUGGCAUUUAAAGUCAAUGACUUCCAACCUAGCACCUAUGUUCUGGAGAUUCUCAUACAAUACAUGUAAUGCAUUAUUUACAAGACUUCAGUUUACUUCAAAUAUAGAUGUGUCAUUUAUGAACUAUGGUUAUGCAGUAAAGACACCUAAUAGCCCAUCAGAAAAUUCGGAGUUAGAUGAAUUUAUAGAGAUAAAACAGUAUAAGCUUAAAAAAGAUACUCCUCCAAAUUUCAGAGAUGUUUGGAAUUCAGUUCAGCUAUAUAUAGCAGUAUUAUCGUGUUACGAUGGUGAAUUAAAUAACAAAUCGGUCUUGGAAGUUGGAUGUGGAAGGGGUGGAGGAUCAGUUGUUAUUUGUAGCGUAGCAGAACCUAAGUCCUAUGCAGGAAUUGACUUAAGUGAUCAAGGUAUAGAAAUUUGUAGACAAGUUUACAGAAAAGAUUUAUCACCUGCAGGUAAAAAAGUAUUCUAUAUUGGUAAUAGUAUGGAACUUGAAAAUUACUUUGCUCCAUCUUCAUUUGAUAUUGUCGUUAAUAUUGAGUCAGCUCAUUGCUAUCCACACUUUGAUAAAUUUGUGAGAGGUACCUAUGAUGUACUAAAGCCUGGAGGGAUGUUGUUAUUUGCUGAUAUUUCACCAACAAUUGCUUGGCCAGAUAUCAAGGUAAGUAAAAGUAAAUAA